UUAUCGACCGCGCGCAAUCGAGUCGCUGGCGAAUGACUCCGCCGUUUCGAAGAGCGAGUCAAGCCAGAUCGAGCGUUGUGACGGAGGGAUGGGUCAGAAUCAAUCUGGGACUGGUGGCAGCGGAGGAGACAAGAAGGAUGACAAGGACAAGAAGAAGAAGUACGAGCCGCCGAUCCCCACGAGAGUGGGCAAGAAGAAGAGGCGCACCAAAGGGCCGGACGCGGCGCUGAAACUGCCGCAGGUGACACCGCACACGCGUUGCAGGCUGAAGCUGCUGAAGAUGGAGCGCAUCAAGGAUUACCUGCUGAUGGAGGAGGAGUUCAUCAGGAAUCAGGAGCGCCUGAAGCCGCAGGAGGAGAAGAACGAGGAGGAGAGGUCGAAGGUGGACGAUCUCCGCGGCACGCCGAUGUCCGUCGGGACGUUGGAGGAGAUAAUCGACGACAAUCACGCGAUAGUGUCCACCUCGGUCGGCUCCGAGCAUUACGUAUCCAUACUGUCGUUCGUGGACAAGGAUCAGUUGGAGCCUGGUUGUUCUGUAUUAUUGAACCACAAAGUUCACGCCGUUGUUGGCGUCCUAGGGGACGACACCGAUCCCAUGGUUACGGUGAUGAAGCUUGAAAAAGCUCCGCAGGAGACCUACACCGAUAUCGGAGGUCUUGAUACUCAAAUUCAGGAGAUUAAAGAAUCUGUAGAAUUACCAUUGACCCAUCCGGAGUACUACGAGGAGAUGGGCAUUAAACCUCCGAAGGGCGUGAUACUCUACGGUCCACCUGGCACUGGAAAGACACUGCUCGCCAAGGCUGUGGCCAAUCAGACAUCGGCCACAUUCCUGAGGGUUGUUGGUUCCGAGCUUAUACAGAAAUACUUAGGGGACGGCCCGAAGCUCGUGAGGGAGCUGUUCAGAGUCGCUGAGGAGCAUGCACCCUCCAUUGUCUUUAUAGACGAGAUAGACGCGGUAGGAACGAAGAGAUACGACAGCAACAGCGGCGGCGAGAGGGAGAUUCAGAGAACCAUGUUGGAAUUGCUUAAUCAAUUGGACGGUUUCGAUAGUAGAGGCGACGUGAAAGUGGUAAUGGCUACGAACAGAAUAGAGACCCUGGAUCCCGCUUUAAUUAGACCCGGUCGAAUCGAUAGGAAAAUAGAAUUCCCGCUACCGGACGAGAAAACUAAAAGAAGAAUCUUCAAUAUUCACACCAGCAGAAUGACCUUGGCGCCUGACGUGAAUCUUGCGGAAUUGAUCAUGGCGAAGGACGAUCUUUCUGGCGCGGACAUCAAGGCGAUAUGUACCGAGGCUGGUUUAAUGGCUCUACGUGAACGACGUAUGAAGGUUACCAGCGACGAUUUCAAGAAGUCCAAGGAAAGUGUGCUGUACCGGAAGAAGGAAGGUUCCCCCGAAGGAUUAUAUUUAUAAAAAGAAAAACAUUUAUUAUCAAUAAUCACUGUACGACUGAGUCGCGAAGCUAUCCGAGUGUCUCGUAUAAUAAAAGUUUCUAUAGGAAA